AUACUGGUAAUGUUCCGUCAUUUCAUCCGAGAAUGAGGCGGGGCUACGCUUGCGCCGGCGGGUGCUCGGCGUCGGCGUCGCGUCGGCGGUCGGCGCUCAGCGGUCGGAACAAAGCGCGGCCCGCUACUCGUACGAGGCAACGCGGUCAGUACCUACGCAGCCGGCGAGCUCGCAGCCGGAGCCGCGCCAUCUCUGUACCGCCGUAAGCGCCCCACGCGAUCGUACUUCGCGAUCUUCACGCUGAAACACGAUUUUGGUUCCUGAUCGCCCGAUGAAUAUUUAACUACUCGACUCCCUAGCCCAGCUUACGCUACCAACGAACAUGACAACACUUUGUUGACACACUUUUACUUGUAAAAGUUUAUUAAAUAGACUACGAUGUCGAUGGGUUAAACUACACAAAAUGAAGGAUAUAAGUUCAAUUUCGUGUUCGAUGGCAUCGCAUGUUUUAUUACUGCUCUUAAUUGUCGGUACCGCGACAUCAUCCGACGAAUCCCUGUUUCCACGGUUCGUGGAGCCAGUAACCAACGUGACGGUGACGGUGGGCCGCGACGCUCUGCUCGCGUGCGUUGUCGAAGACUUACGGGGCUAUAAGGUGGCAUGGGUUCGUGUUGACACGCAGACGAUCCUGAGUAUCCAUCACAACAUCAUAACGCAGAACCCGCGCAUCAGCCUGUCAUACAACGACCACCGCUCCUGGUACCUGCACAUCAAGAGCGUGCAGGAGGUGGACCGCGGGUGGUACAUGUGCCAGGUCAACACCGACCCCAUGCGCUCCAGGAAAGGAUACCUGCAGGUCGUGGUUCCGCCUGUGAUCAUCGACAAUAUGACAUCGACGGAUAUGGUGGUGCGCGAGGGAACGAACGUAACCAUGGUGUGCCGUGCCACGGGCUACCCCGAGCCCUACGUCAUGUGGCGGCGCGAGGAUGGCCAGGAGUUCAACUGCAACGGCGAAUCAGUGAACGUGGUGGACGGCGAGAACCUGACAAUAUCGAAGGUGUCGCGACUGCACAUGGGCGCGUACCUGUGCAUUGCGAGCAACGGUGUUCCGCCUUCUAUCAGCAAGCGUGUCAUGCUCAUGGUGCAAUUCCCACCGAUGUUAUCGAUCCCGAACCAGCUGGAAGCCGCCUACGUGGGCCAAGACGUGGUGCUGGAGUGCCACACCGAAGCCUACCCCUCCUCCAUUAACUACUGGACCACUGAUCGCGGAGACAUGAUUAUAUCAGGAGUCAAAUACAUCACGAAUUUAAUUGAUGAAGGAUACAGCAGGAAAAUGAAGCUAACGGUACGAAAAGUAUCAUCCAGGGACUUCUCAUCAUACCGCUGUGUAGCUAAAAACUCGCUCGGCGAAACUGAUGGACUAAUCCGUCUCGAUGAAAUAACUGCUCCACCCACGACGAGCACAGCUGUGAACUACGUCCCUACAUCUUCGGAUAAGAAAAAAGGUAAAAAUAAAAGUCGCUGGCGAGAUGGCUCUGCCGAAAACAGGGUCAUAGGAGAUUACGAGGUUGAAGAGUGGAAAGAUUCUGGAGGUACUGAUUACGAGUCCACACAAUCUUCGAAUUCGUCACGGCAUCGUUGCGGAGUCGUCGCAGUCGUGGCAGCGCUGCUAGUGACCAGCUGACACGCGCUCGCUUCCGCGACAUCGUGCCAAUACCAGACGUUGUGCUAAAUGAGAUACGAUCACUUCGAUAAGUCUAUUUGCUAUUUGU